AUGUCAUGGGUUGAGACGUCAAAUGGUAAUCGAAUAUCCAGGGACGCCCACAUAACUGGAUCUCAUAAGAUUCUACUCAACGGGAACGUCACCGUAAACGCUAGCGUAACGUUGAAUGCUGACGUCGAAAUUGGCAAGAGCACUAGUGGAGGAACAGACUCCCACAUAAUAACCAUCGGAAAAUAUUCCUACUUAGGGAAAGGUUGCAAAAUUAUGCCUCCCAUACUUUCCAUAGAACAGCGAGAAGACGUAGCGUUCGAGAUCCACAGCCCAAUAAGAAUUGGCUCUUACUCUAUCGUUGGCGAGAAUUGUGAAAUACUGCUGGUAAGUAUCGGAAAUAGAGUGUUGAUAGAGAAAGGUUGUAAGAUUGGGAACCUGAGUAUAAUAUACGACUGCUGCUUCAUUAGGGAGGGAUGCAUAAUCCCUCCCAAGGCAGUUAUCCCACCUUUCAGCGAAGUGUCUGGAGUUCCAGGUGUGGAUUUUGUAUGUACAGAAUUAAGUAAUAGUUAUAGAAAGUUAAUAGAGGGGGAGGCUAGAGAAAGGUAUCUCCUUGGGUAA